AUGAAUGCUUACAUCCUUGAUGUAUCAAGUCCCUUUGUAAUUACAGCACUAGAAGAACUUGGCAUAAGUCCAAGAGAGCUGCUUAAAAAGUAAAAAACACAUAGAAGCCUUGAAGAUUUCGCAGAGCCUGGCCUUAGCCAAGAAUUUCAAAGUUUACGCUACGAUCAUUAUACAAACCGUCUACUGGACACAGCUCAAAAAAUUCGAAAUUUCAUUAAAUCCCACUACAACUCUCUUCAAUCCCAUAUCCGGCACAGCUCAGCUCCAGAAUCACAGCGUUCUCAAAGUGCAACUUUCUCUCAAGAAAAUUCCCAAACUUUUCGAGCUGCAACUGCAUACCAAAAUGAAGCUGAAAAACUUAACCAAAUAAAAGAAAAAAACAAAGAAUUAAUCCUCACUCCCCCCCCUCCGUGAGUGAACAAAAAAAUUUUGUUCACUCACGAGGGGGGUUAAUUUUUUUUUUUUUUAAAAAAAUUUAUAUAUAAAAUUUUUAUAAAAAAAUAUUUUUUUUCGAAAUUUAAAAAAAUCCUGAUUCGCAAAAAUUGGAAAGAAAAUAUUAAUUUUAUUUAUAAAAUUUAUGUUUUAAAAAGCAAUUCGUUUAAAAUUAAACAGAAUUAGCCCUAGAUUUCAUUAUGCUAAUUAUCAUUUAUAUAUCAAAAAUUUUUUCCAUAAAAAAAUUUUUCUAUUAAAAAAAUUUUGUUCACUCACAGAGGGUGGGUUUUUGGGCAAAAAAUAGGUAUUUUUCUAAUGCCUUUGUUCACUCACGGAGGGGGGGAGUCAGCUGAAUCCCAACUAAUUUUCUAGAUAAUAGCCCUGAAAAAUCAAAAAGCAGCGAAUCAGGCCGGAAAAUCAAAAAAUUUACCUCACAAAAGCAUGAAGUUUAUUUAGAGCAUUUAAAAAAGUUUAAAGAGCAACAAUUAGCAGCCUCAAAAGCUAUAAAAGCUAAAGAAAUAAAAAUGCAAAAAGAAUUGUCUAAUAGGCUGAUUAAAUCAAUGAGUGAGCAUGGAUUAAGAGAAAAAUUAGCUGAAGAAGAGGGAUGCAGGCUUAAUUCUAGUGCAUAUUUGAUAGUGUUCAUUUCACCGAAGUACUAUUGGUCGAAAAUUGGCUGAAACUUUUUAAUAGUGAGACAUUUGACCCAAAAAAAUAUUAAAUUUACACUAUUUUAAAAUUUUCUACCAAAUAUAUUUCGAUUAAAUGCACACUAUCAAAAAUGCACUGUCAUUUGGCAUGGAGCUGAAGAAGAGAAAAAAAGGAAAAUUAAGGAAAGAGAAGAAAUUUUUAAGAAAAAACAAGAAGAAAUAAAGCAUGAUAAAGAAAUGAAGGAGGAUGGAAUGGAAAUGGAAAUUAAAAAUAAAUUAAACCAGUUUCAAUGGAAAAUUAUGAAAAGUGAAGAGACACAUGAAGCUGAAAUUAAAAAGAAGCUUGAUAUAUUGGCAAGGCAUAAAGAGAUGGCAGAAAUUGUUGCGAAAAACCAAGAAUUUUUAAAAAGAUCACAAGAAAUGGAAGUAUUAUGCAAAAUUAUUAAUAAGCAGGAAAGUGUAAAGGAAAGAAGGAUACAAAUAAAGAGAAAAUAUUUAGAUGAAAUUAAAAAUAGGAGGCAUAAAAGUGAAUCUAAGCGUCAAAAAGCUAUUGAAAGAUUAAAAUCUCAAGAAAAACAGUUAGAGAAUAUGCCAGCCAAGCUAAAUAAAUAAUUUUUUUUAUUUAAUCAUAAAACAGCCUUUUAAAAAUAUGGUUUUAUCAAUAAAGUCUAAUGCUAUUUAUCAUUCUAAUUAACUUAAUUCCACAGUUCUUGAAAAACAACUUAACGCAACCCAACAAUUAAUUAGCCAAAAACUGUCAGAAAAUGAAAAAGAGCUUAAAUUGCGUCAAGAACUACAACGAUUAAAGAACGAGGACAGCAAUCUUGAAGUUUUAAGAUCCAAAAGAAAAUUCGUAACCAUUAUUCUAGGAGAAAAAAAAUAGUGAAUUUCUCGAUAAAUGACUAGCAAAAACACAAAGAAUAGAAAAUUUUAAAAAAGAAAAAGAGGAUUUAAUUAUGAAAAAAAGGUAAAUAAUAUGAAGGGAUUUCGCAAUUCAAGCUAUGAUAGAAAAAGAGAAAACAAAAGAAAUAAUUGCUGUGCUAAGUCCCCCCUCCGUGAGUAAAUGUUCACUCACAGAGGGGCGUUUAUUUUUUUUUAAAAAAUAUUUAUAUAUAAAUUUUUAUAAAAAAAUUAUUUUUCAAAAAUUUAUGUUUUAAAGUGAAAGCUGUUCAAAAUUAAAUACUAAUUAUAUAAAUUUUUUUUCAUAAAAAUUUUUUUCUAUUAAAAAAUUUUUGUUCACUCACCAAGGGUGGAUUUUUAGGCAAAAAAUAGGGAUUUUUCUAAUGGUUUUGUUCACUCACGGAGGGGGAGUAAGCAAAAGUCCUAAUUCCAAAACUGCACAAGAAAAAUUAAAAGCAUUAAAUUUGAUACCUAAGAUUAAAGAAUCUGAGACCGAGUUAAAUUAA